CUUUUCUUCUAGGUUAUGUUAUUAUUUUAUUUUGGUAAAGCAAAACAAUGCUCACGUUAACACAUUCCAGGAGAUAAAACCAAUAAUAAAUUAAAAAUGGAAACAUUAAAUGAAUCUGUUAUGAACUUGGCAAACAGCAUUAUAGGUGCAAGUGUAUUAGCAAUGCCGUAUUGCUUCAAACAAUGUGGAAUAAUACUAUCAGUAAUUCUCCUUCUACUUAGUAGUAUAGUAUCAAGACUUACCUGCCAUUUUUUACUAAAAUCUGCAAUUUUAUCUAGAAGAAAAACAUUUGAGCUUCUUGCUUUUCAUCUAUUUGGAGGACUUGGAAAAUUAGUUGUAGAAAUUGGUAUGAUUGGAUUUUUAUUGGGAACAUGUAUCACAUAUUUUGUUGUAAUGGGAGACUUAGGACCUGUUAUUAUCGCAGAAAUAACUAAAGCUCAUAUUACUAGUACAAUGCAUACUAGUAUAUUGAUAUCUUUAGCACUUUUCAUAAUCCUACCGCUUGGUUUACUCAGAAAUGUACAUAGUUUAACUGGAGUCUCAAAAGCUACAAUGAUUUUUUAUUGUUGUCUAAUUUUGAAAGUAAUUAUAGAAGCAGUUCCACACCUGUUUGAAGAAAACUGGUAUAAUAAAGUAAAUCUGUGGAGACCUGAAGGUUUGUUACAAUGCAUACCAAUAUUUUCUAUGGCUCUCUUUUGCCAAACUCAACUUUUUGAAAUCUAUGAAGUUGUACCAAAUCCUACAUUAGACAAAAUGAAUAGUGUAAUAAAAGCAGCUGUAAACUUCUGUACUACUGUAUAUAUUUGUGUUGGAAUUUUUGGAUAUGUCGCUUUUGCUAACAAGAAUUUUACUGGGAAUGUUUUAUUAAGUUUCGAACCUUCAUUUGUGUCUCACAUAUUAAAAGUAGGAUUUAUAUUUUCUGUAGCUUUCAGUUUUCCUUUGGUUAUUUUCCCAUGCAGAGCUAGUUUAUAUUCUUUAUUGUAUAGAGAGGGAUAUACCAUUCACGAAGGAAAUUUAAAAUACAUACCUGAAGGUAAAUUUAAAGCUCUAACAUUUAUAAUAGUUUUUGUAUCAUUAGUUAUAGCCAUUUUAAUUCCAAAUAUUGAACUUGUACUUGGUCUGGUAGGCUCAACCAUAGGAAUUAUGAUCUGUGUGCUAUUCCCUGUAACAUGUUUCAUCUGCAUAUCCCACAAAAAUACCAAUGAAAGAAUUGUAGCACAAAUAAUGCUGGCUCUAGGUAUUUUUGUUAUGGUAGUGGGUACUUACAAGAAUAUUCAAAAAGUAGACAAUGUAGAAGCUUCAGUUGUGACUGCUAGGACAUUAAAUAAUGCAGAACAAAAUCAGGAUAAAUUUGAUACUUUAAUGAACAAAUUACCAUUGACCGAAAAACUUGAAAUUAGGACAGAAUUACCUAUAAUUGUACUGACUGAAACUAAUAAUCUUAAAGAAAUUAGGCAUGAGCCACCUCAGCCUGUGGAACCAAUAGAAGAGACUAAAAAAGUUGAUGAGCCUAUAAUUAUGAAAAAAGUGAAAACAAAAGAAACGCUUCAAAAAGUGGAUGAAAUAGAUAUUCUCCAAAAAGUUGAUAAAGUAGAUACACUUCAAAAAGUGGAUAAAAUAGAUACUGUUCAGAAAGUGGUUGUGCAAAAAGAAAAUAUGAUAAAUGAUACAGUAGAUAUUGAAGCUAUCAAAAAAGAAGACAAAGAAGAACAACUAGAAAGAAAGGAAAUAGCUAAAGAAGAACAAUCUGAUGAACAUAAACAGUUAAUAGAUACAAUACAGAAACAGAAUGAAGUACAAAAAGAAAUUGUGGAACAACAAAAGCAAUUGUUAGAAGUAAUUAAACAGCAGCAACAAAAGAAAGAAGAAGACCAGAAGAUUGACGAAGUUAAGAAAGAAAAAAUGAAGGCUGUCAAGGAAAUCGAAAGCAUAGCCCUAAAGGCUAUUGAAAAAAUCAGUGAAGGGGAAGACAGCAAAAAAGUUGUAGAUGAUUUAAAGAAAGGCAUAGAAAAAAAUGAAUUAAAAGAGAAUAAAAUAGAAAGUGCACCAGAAAAACCAAAACCAAAAAAUGACAUUACACAAGAAGAAAACAAAAAAGCUAAAGAAUUUGAAAAAAAAGUUGACAAUUUGAAAAUAGAGAUACAGGAGUUUAGUUCACAAUUAAAUCAAGCAGACAUUGAUGUCAAAAAGAAGGAAACUGCUUCAGAAGUAAAAGAAAAUAAUUUACCACCCGAAAAAAAUCCUAUAGUUAGCAAUACAAAAGAUGAAAUUAAAGAAAAUGUGGUUGUUCUACCAAAAUUAGAUAAUCCCAGGCCUGAAGUUGUGUUAGAAGAAAACAAAGCAACAAAUUCAAACAAAAAUGGAUCUCUUUACCUUAAAGUAGGUAACCAAGAAGUCAAAAUCUCAGAUGAAAGGGAUAAUUCAAAAUUGAUACCACUACCCAUAGCUAUGUCGAACAAUAUUAUAUUGAAGAAAAGCGAUACAAAAAUAGACAAUUCACCUUUGAUAAAGACAGAACAGGAAAAAAAUGAGCAGGUUAAAAAGAUUCAAGCUGAAGAGGUGCAAGCUAUGAGAAGAGAGAUUUUAAGUGUGUCAAAGGAGAAAUAAAUAAUUUUAGAUAGACUUUUGAACCUAAAAACAAUGUGAUAUACAUAUGCAUUUGUGUUGACUGUGAUUUUGUACAUAAGA